CUAGUCAGUAGUGUCGUCGCUCAUUCAACAGUUAGUUCUGCGAAAACAACAAAGAACAAGUUUUUCAAACACCUGGUGUUUUGACUUACGGUGAUCCUUGAUCGUGUUUAUUCGGCAAUUCCAGUUUUCAAUAUGAAUACGAAAACCGACGAAAUAUUAUAUCUGGACGAAAUCCAUGACGAAGUGUCAAAGCCUCUGACCGCGUCAAUCACCAAUCUGGAUGCGAUUCCGUCCAUUCACACACGAGCCGGCUUCGCUUCAGACAAUGCCGAAUCAGAAGCGGGCGACCUCGACGAGAAAUUGAAGGACGGAACACCGUCGGCGCCGCCGCUCGGCUUUCAGAGCAGAAAUGGACCGGAUGAACCACCCGGUUUGUUGCCUAACCAGCCCAUCUUCUCGUCAAACGUAACGCUCACCACUCCCGACGUAAACGUUUAUCAGCACAAGAAGACUUUGGCUCAGGGUAUGAUGGAUCUGGCGCUCCUGUCCGCAAACGCGAAUCAGAUGCGCUACAUUCUACAGACAGACGGUCGUCAUCCUUACUUUUACCCGUCGCUCACCAUGAUCAGCAUGAGCCUGUUACUGCAGAUCGCCGUAGGUAUCGGUCUCAUCUGGAACAGCGUCUACAAUGUCAAGGAACACGAGCAGAUGUGCAAGGCGAAUAAAGCAAACAAUUGGACGGUCAUCGGUAUCUUCCUGGUCACGAUACUCAAUGUUUUCAUCUCGUCGUUCAACGUUGUUGAUGAGGUCCCGGGAAUUGCGACGGCAGUUGCGACGUAAUUGUCUGGACUCUUCUUCUUAUCAUACUUAACGCUCUCUAUUCGUUACUAAGUGUGAAUUAUAUUCGAUGUUUCAGAUACAUAACAUAAUAAUUUUCGAUAUUUUUAAUAAUGCGAUAUAUAUUGUUAAAAGUUAGAUUUUUUAAGAUUAGACAAAAGUUUUUUACAAAUAAUAAUUAAUAG